AACUCAAUUACAAUCACUUCUUAGUAUUUGGUCUUCCUGCCCCGACCCAUUGUGCACGGUUUAUUUUUGCGUUAAAACUUUGUGCCGGAAACCGUGUCGCAUGUUUGUGAUGUCAUUGUGAUUACAUAUUUCUGUGAGAAUGUCCGGGGAUGUAAUCGGUCCUGCCUUGCCUCCUGGUUACCGAAGCCAUGAGGAUGAUGACCUAGAAGAAGUUGCAGGUCCAGUGCUUCCACCUGGCUACAAGUGUGACCAAAACUCAGAUUCGUCUGAUGACAGUGACCAGGACAAAAAAUCCAGGCUCUGGGACCACAGGAGACGUUCCCAUACCAGUGAGGAAAAUGAAUCCAAACCAAGAAAUGAAGUUGUUUCUUCAGCACCAGCAGAGGAUGAGGAUGAUGAUGAUGAUGGCUUUUUCGGCCCAGCACUUCCUCCAGGAUUUAAAAAGCAGCCUGACUCUCCUGAGAGACCUGUUAUAGGACCUGCCUUACCCCCUGAUUUCAGAAAAAUAGAAAGUGAGGAUGAAGAUUAUAUUGGACUUCAAAAACCACCAGGCUUUGAAGAAAAGGCAAGUGAGAGCAGUGAGGAUGAAGAUAUCAUUGGACCCCUCCCUGCAGACGGACCUGUUAAAUCAAGUGUCGCUGAAGAUUUUGAGCGAAGGGCUUUGAAAAUGAAAGAAAAACUUACUGGAAAAGAUGAUGAUGGGCCGAAGAAUACUAUUAGGGAGUCAUGGAUGACAGAGCUUCCCCCAGAGAUGACAAGUUUUGGACUAGGCCCAAGAACCUUCAAGAGAAAAACCAACGAAAAGUCAGGAGACCGAUCCAUUUGGACAGAUACACCUGCUGAUAGAGAGAAGAAAGGGAAGGAGAAAAAAGAAGGAAAGAUUUCCAGCAAUAAAAAUGAAGAGCAGUUCCCCUUAUCGGACCGGGACAAAAGGUUGGCAGAACAAGUAUCAACUCAUAAUGAUUCCAAAAGGUCAAAAUCUCUUAUGGAUCUUCAUCGUACAAAACUAAAGCGAAAAGCAGAAGAAGAUAAAAAUAAACCACAGGAGAGAAGGCCAUUUGAUAGAGACCAAGACCUUCAAGUCAACCGUUUUGAUGACGCUCAAAAGAAAGCAUUGAUACGGAAGUCUAAAGAGCUGAAUACUAAAUUCUCACAUGGAAAUAGCAGUAUGUUUCUCUAAGAGAUAUAGAACAACCUGGAAUAGAAAAAAAUAUGAGCCCUUUCCCUCAAUGUUUGUUAUAACUUUUUUAUUUUUUAACUAGAACAUCCCAUUAAAAGUUCAUAUACUGUAGCAUGAGAGUUUAGAAGGAAAUUUGCAGAACAUACUUGUAGCAUGAGAGUUUAGAAGGAAAUUUGCAGAACAUACUUCCUUUACCUGCUUCGGCACAUAUUUAUGGAUGCAUAAUAUAAAAAAUCUGAUUUCUUCAAAGAUUGAACAAUGCAUAUAAAGAAAUGUAUGGUUAAUAAUAACCGGAGAAUAUAUUUUUGUAAUUUAUUUCUUUUGCUGUGGUCUUCCUAAUGUAUAAAGUUAUUUUGUUCUGCUGUCUUAUAAACAGCAGGGUUGAUACAUGGGUAUACUUCUGCAUGGAACAUAAUUGUUUUAUGUAAAUAUGAUUACUCUCUUUUAGCAUGUGUGGUUAUACAUAUUUAAUCUAAACAUGUUAUGACUAAAAAAGCCAAGAUUUUACCAUACCAUAUGUAAUUUUUGGAUUUCAGCAUAAAACGUGGACCAGUCGCAACAUUUUUUGUACAUAACAAAACAAGUAAUGGAUUUGAGAAGACAUGUCUUAAAGAUAAAAAAAUAUAAACCCAAUUCUUUAAUGAUAAUCAGAAUUAUUAUUUGGAUUCUUAGUGUGAAUAAUCCACUGCAUCACAUUAAUUAAUUAAUUAAUCUUUUAGAGACUUUUCGUAUGAGAUGUUUUUGGUGAACUUCCUAUAGCCACACAGUUUUUGAAACUCUCUGGGGUAGGAGUUUUUAAUAAAGGAGAUAAAUAUCGCAUACAUAAGCAUUGUAUGCAUUAGAUUGUGGUACAUUGUGUGGAUUAUAACACCACAAUUGUUCAGUCAGUUAAACAUUGUACAUUUUUGGUUUUGAGUUCUAAGUUGAAUUAUUUGUAUUGUUUGACUUUAUUAUCUCUUUAUGCAUAAACCUACCAUUGUCUAGUUUUUCAUUUUCAAUACUUUUAUUUUGUAUUCAUUAAAAAAAAGUAAAAUCAA